AUGUUUGUAAGUGACUCAGUUCAUGUUGCGUCAGGAUCAAUGUAAAAGGCGGUGCGGGCCGAUUCAAACAAAUGCGUGUCAUCAUAAACGAACGAUCGAAUGAGGAAAAUUGACGACAUAGAACAAGGACUGUAGACUCUUUGUUUGUGAUAGGAGGUAAUGACUUCACUAUAAUGAAUGCAUGACUGCCGCACUGCGCUUGAGAGAUAAGUGAAAACGUAGUUCCUAGUACGAUCACUCCCAUGGGAGUAGAGUGUCCAUUAGACCACUGGGUGCUCCCAUAUAGCCAACAGCACGUCUCUACCUCCGCUCCAGGCAGAUGAUGUUAGAAAGUUUCAAGACUAAGAGCUCUAUAAUGGAAGAGGAACCACUAUCAGAGCCAUUGCUAGAAGGAGGGUUUUAUAGGGGCGACCAUGGAGCAAGAGAAGUUGCUCCGAACCACCACCCAUACAGAUUGUACCCUCCAGUCAAGUACCAUGUCUCGUGCCUCCUGUAUCAGCUUGUAUGCAGUUUGGCCCUGAUGAUACUGAUGGUAUUGAUGUUCCCGGGAGUAUUGGUGUACCUGAUUCGCACUUUGAGCUUUUUUCCAGAAGUUGUGCCAACUAAGGCUUACCCAUUACCCUCCAGUAUCCGAUGGAAUACAUUUCCAGGUGAUGAUAACUAUUGGUCAGAGAGUUUAUAUAUGGGUCAGCCGACUCUGGAGAGCGAUAGAGCAUGGCACAAACUUCUUGCGCAUGGUGGCGUCCGCGUGGAUGACCAUGAAGCACAGCAGCUCAACAUUACCACUAGCCUGCCUUUGGUCAAUGGUGGUUAUGGUGCCCUUCUUGGUAUUGAUCAUAACCUCCACUGUUUGCGGCAUUUUCGACAAUGGUAUUACUAUGAUUACUACUACGCGAACAAGACGUCCGAGGAAGUUAGUUGGCUUGGGGAACAUACCGGCCAUUGCUUGGAAUCGUUGAGGAAGUCUCUGAUGUGCAAUCCGGAUCUGAGUAUGCUUCCUCAUUACGCAAAUCUCAACAAUAAGUUCCACCCAAUCAAUGCAGGAAGCUGGAAUGUACGUGAAUGCGUGGAUUGGGAUGCGUUUCAAGAGGCGGUAGCAACGCGUAGGUACGAUGUAUCGGAAUAUGGUGAAGAGAUUGAGCGGUUGAUGUACGAGGCGAGUCAUCGGCAUUCUUCAUGAAGUCCAGUUGAGUCUCAGAGAGUCGCAAGCUAAAACCACUGCUCACACCAUCCAUGUGUUCGCG